UGAAGCGUAUGGAGUUAUCUUUCGAACAACAAAAUGUUAUAGAAGAGAUUAUGCAGACUGAAACUGUGGAAAAAGACAAGCAGACGGAGGGCUUCAUCACAAUCUAUGAUUUUGGAGGAGAGAAAGUGUUCUAUAACACCCAUCACUGUUUUAUGUCAAGUAACAUGGUCUUCGUCCUGGUGUUCGACGUGGCGAUGUGUCUUGAUCCUACUAGGGCGAAGGAUGGCUAUGAAAGGAUCGAAACCUGGCUGAGGUCUAUUGCUACCUAUGCUAUUGACCAAGCCGCCGAUGGUAAAGGGACGCCUCCCGUAAUCCUGAUUGGGUCUCACUUGGAUACAAUUUCUCAAGACAGAAAAAAACAGGAAGAAGCAUUCGGCAAAGUGCUGAAAAAAUUGUACGAGAACCCUCAACUAAGUUCAAUUAUGGAAAAUCACGUACAGGAAAUGUAUCCAAUCGCCCACCUGAACGAUUCUAAAAAGAAUCAAGACCUAUACGAGGUGGUGUGGAACAAAGUUAUAGAGAUUGCUCCGCUUCAAUCGCAGUGGAAGAAACCUAUACCUGCAAGGUGGCUGGCUCUACAACACCAGCUGAUUAAACGGAAAAAUGCAGGGACUGUGAUUCUAACGUAUGAAGAAUUGUUGGAAAUCAACAACAAGUCAGCAAUCCCGUUGGUCGAACACGAAGUCACAGACUUUCUUAGGAAUUUGAUAUUUGCUGGAUUCCUCUGCUUUGACUUCGACAGUCUAAGACCUUUUGUCGUUUUAAGACCUCAGUGGAUAAUAAACGGCUUCAAAAGCAUUAUCACAGAUCCAAGCUUCAUGACAGGCCUAUCGACGAAGAUAAAACUUCAGUGGACAAAAUAUGAGAGAACUGGUGUCCUUACACUCGACUUGAUCCAGCAAAUUUGGGAACUAAACGACGACAAAAGCUUUCUUGCAAACAAGAAAACGCUCUACAACAUCAUGGAAACACUUGGCUUGCUAGCAAAUCCAUUGCUAGAUAUUUCAAAUGAAGUGGUUGAUUACUUCAUAGUGCCAAGUAUGCUCCGGCCGGCGGAUCAAGAAAUUAUUCGACCAGUACUUGAUGACCCUGAAACCAUUGUCACUGUCACACUUUGUCUCAAGUUCGACAACCCAUUCAUUCCGCUAGCCGUAUGGGACAAGAUGAUUGCUGCCUGCCUCCACAGGUUCCAGCGACUUAAUGAGCGCGGCCAUGACGGUUCAAAGUUUAUCCAACGAGGAUUUGUCUGUCUGGCUGUAGACUUUCUGUGGAACGUGAUUGUCAACUGCCAGGAAAAUGUCAUGAAAAUUACCAUGUUCAAGAAGGAUACGGAUCAAUCAGUUCCAACAGGAGCCGGAGUUAACCUACGCAGCAUUCUAGAAUUUCAUCUUAACAGGAUUCUAGAAUUGAAUCACCAGAGUCAUCUCAAGUACCAAUUCUACCUCCACAACGACUACCGUUUCUCGGCCGAUGACAAGAUGGUGAAGGUAGACGAUCUCCGACAGACAUCACGCCUACAAUGCCACAGUUCUGAUAACAGCCGAUGGCUAGAAAUAGAGGACAUACACAUCUGGUUCAAACACCCAGACCAGAAGAGUACGCGGACCCAAAGAAGUCAUGUUGACUCGAUGAAGGAUCUACCGGAUAGAAAUUUGUCAGUCAAAGAGAUGGGUCGACUGUCCAGGCACAUCGGUAUUUCAUAUCAGACUUUCUUUGUCGAGCUGGGCUGCCCUGUUGUAGUACUGGAACAGAAGAUGGCAGAAAACCGUGUAUUCUCCUUUAGAUCUCUCAUAACGAAGAUCUUUAUUUACCUCCUUCAAACGGACGCGGAUGUUACAUUCACAAGAAUCGCAAAUGCGAUGUCAGAACAUGGCUUAAAUCAAGAAACACUGUAUAACAUCCUUGACGACAACAGGGAUACGUUGUUUAAUGACGACACUUUGUCAGAGGGAUUGUUACAGAAAUGCCUAACUGUAUAUGACGUUCCGGUCAUAGCCGAACACGUGAACCCCAAAGACUACUUCAACCUGUUCCUUGAGCUCGGCUUCACGCCAAAAAGAGUUGACGAGUUUGACGUAGACUUCAGAAACGAUACAAGUCCCAAAAGGAUCAGUGCAAUGGUUGAGGAGUUCAUUGAAAACCACAGUCGACGUCCAGCUCUAAACACAGUUCUGCUUGCGAUGGUGGAAUGCGACAUGGACACGAAUUCCCUCAUCCAAGCCUUAACUCAAACAAAGUGAGACCAGGACAGCGAAUUAGAUGUAGGAGACUUGGAGCGAGUCACAGACUGUCUGUUGGUGUUGAAAUGCGGCAAUAUUAGAGAGGAUUGAAUAUAUCUCGGGAUGGAUCCGGGUUCAACAAGAAAACAAGUCAUGAAAGGCCAACACGUUAUAAGUGACAGUAAAGACGCCAAUUUCUUUAAACGUGGUGAUUCUGGAUCGACCCUGUUUGUCAUGACCCUUACCCUACAUACUAUCCGGACGUGGGUUUGAAGAUAGCGGUUGAGUUUCUCAACAACAAUACAAUCGUUACACCCAUUGGAAGCUUUCUCGAGAAACUCAAAUCCGACCAUGCAAAGGUGCUCGUUGCUUAAAUGCUAACAUAAACAUGCAGAUACUAUGACAUUGACAGUGUAUUACAGGAAUGAUUUGUAUUGCUGCUAGGUUUAGUAAAACGAACUAUUUUAACACUGUUUCAAGAGAUGCAAUCUGACUAUGUAAUACAAAAAUUGUUUAUCAAACGUAAGAUAUCAAUGAAAAGCUUUCAAUGUAAAUACAUCUAAUCUUAAAAGUCCUAAUAAGGCGACGUGCACUUAUUUUGAACUGUUUUUGUCUCAGAUCAAUUCUAGACUGCUGUUAAUGUGGUGAAUCCUUCAGUAAGCGCUGUUAUGACUGCUACUAGCCGUGAAACCAGACCAGUCAGUCGAUUAUGUAUUAAAUUAACAUUUUUACAUUUAUAUUUUAAUUGUAUGUGUAUAUAAACACACCUUGUUUCAUUGUCAGUUGUCAUUGUUUUAUCAAAUCAUAAACACUAUGAGUCAUUGACACUAUUGCCAUAUUGCCAAAUUUGGCUAAAAUAUGUCUAUACUUUAUAAAAAAAUGUUUGCGAAAUUUAAUUUACCUACGUGAUGAUGGAAUAUAUCUUAUAUAUAAUAAUUUGUUUGUCUCUUGUGUCUGAACAAUAGUUAGGACUUUAUUUCAAUGAUAUCUUUCUGUCUGUGUACAUAGAGGAUGUUAUAUACUGAAUAGUAUCAUUUUAGUAAUAAAUAUAUUCAGAAACAAAUUACUGUUAGUAGAUAUAUUAGAGUUGUGUAAUCGUAGAUAUAUUGUAUAUAUUUUUAUUUUAUUAGUUUGACCAAUAAGUUUUUUGAACAUAUUAUAACGUCGAUAGGUUCGAUGGUGAAUAUGGUCGUUGAACUGGACCCAGUUGUUCCAAAUGGCAAUUAGGCUAAGCACAAUAAAACAGCAGUUUUAAAAUCCUGACUAAAGUAUUUGUAGAAACUAAUUAGGCAAACUUUUAUUGAAUUCUAACACUACCUGCCUAUUUGAAAACAUAACUACACUCGGGAUUUGAAGUAAAGGCAAAAAAGAAUGUUUAACCAAUCAAGUGAUUAAGCUAAUUACAUUUUGAACAACUAGACAUUUUGUUCUUUGGAAUAGUUCUAAGUAAGAUUAUUUAAUACAA